CGCGUCGAUUGUACUGCGACCGACAAUUUGCGCGAGAAAUCCGACUGGAACGUAACGUGAUGCGCGAUCCACGCAAUUAAUCUGUUUUAGCAGUGACGUUUCUUCGUAAACCAGCCUUUUCUCAUGUAAAUAUUUAUAGACACACGAGAGUAAGGAUUGAAACUGAUUUUAUAACUUUGCCGCGUUAUCACAGAUCUGUGUUAUCACAGAUAAACAUAGAUAUUGUUGAUAUCAUUAUUGAUAUCAUCGAAAUGACUGGUGUCAAUUCUGUUAGAAGAGCUGUGAAAAUCAAAGAGGAAAAUGCGCGUGGCCGUCGUGGGCGCCGGUAUAAUAGGAGUAACGAGCGCGCUUGCGGUGAAAAGCGCUUUUCCGAAUUAUAAUGUGAAGAUCUUCGCCGACGCAUUCUCACCUGACACAACCGGCGACGGAAGCGCCGGGCUGUGGAGUCCUUUUCUUCUUGGUGACACACCCGUCGAGAAUAUAACUCGAUGGGCUGGUCGCACACAUCGUUGGUUCGAACAAUUGUGGAAAGCCGGAUUGUCAUCGAAAACGGGUGUUUCCUUGCUGCCUGUAAUUCGCGUUGUCAACGAUGAUGCGGACAACAUUUAUCCAGCAUGGAAAACACUUGUCUACGGCUUUCAAGAAAUUGGCACAGAGAAAUUACGACGCUUGAAUGAAGAACACAAAUCUAAAUAUAAACGAGGUUGGCAUUUUAUAACUUACACCGCCGAGCCAGUUCUACUGUUACCAUGGCUUAUGGAAAAGUUCGUUACUUUGGGCGGAGAAGUGGAAAGAAGAAGCAUUCAAGCAUUGCACGAGUUAGCCGAAGAAGGAUACGAUUUAAUAAUAAACUGCAGCGGGCUCGGUGCACGAGAGCUUGUCGCAGAUAAAAUGAUGACGCCUAUCCGAGGUCAAGUGUACAAGGUAAAAGCGCCUUGGGUAAUGCACUGCUUUCUGGUGGACGACGACAAAUGCAAUUACAUUAUCCCUAACAUCCACAGCGUUGUGCUGGGCGGUACGCAUCAGGAAGAUGACUUCGACCGUUCCGUAAGAGAGGAGGAUUCAAAACACAUUUAUGAUGGAUGCUGCCGCAUAAUGCCGUCUUUAAAGGCGAGUCAAAUAAUUCGCGCGUGGGUGGGCCUUCGGCCAGGACGACCGCAAGUUCGUCUGGAAUGCGAAACCCUCAAUUCGCCCAGGGGGAAAGAGUUCAAGGUGAUACACAAUUACGGUCACGGCGGAAGUGGCGUGACAUUGAGUUGGGGAUGUGCCACGGACGUCGUGGAAAUGAUAAGAAACUUGGAAAUGCCCGAAUUAAAUUCCAAACUAUAACUCCAGAGACAGAAUAAACUUUUUAUCCUUCAUAUAUAUUUUUACCCGCAUGCGGCGGCGUUCAACCUUGUUCAAUCCCUCCCCUACCCUUCCAUCCGGAAAGUUGUGUCGCUAAAAAUAUUAUUUUUAUCACUUUUUUCGCUUCUAUUUUAAUUCUUAGACAAGAAUAUUAGAUUCCCUUUUUAGAUCAUAUAUUGAAAAUAAAUUUUUUUUCUGUCGCAA